AUGCUCGGAAGCCUUACCACGAUCCCACCGCAGAACUACCAUAUCGAGACCUCAGAUUUGCCCAACCCUAGACCCGAACUCCUGAUCCUGAUCAGACGCGACACAGCGUGCCUCAGACCGUCGAUUACCUUCCACCUGCAACCACACCGGCGAGUGGACCAGCACCCACCAUCACCACCACCGCCGCCGAGUGGACCAGCACCCACCAUUACCACUUCUGAGUGUACCAGCACCCACCAUCACCACCACCGCCGCCGAGUGGACCAGCACCCACCAUUACCACUUCUGAGUGUACCAGCAACCAUCACCUCCGCCGCCGCCGAGUGGACCAGCACCUACCAUCACCACUGCCGAGUGGACCAGCACCCACCAUCACCACUGCCGAGUGGACCAGCGCCCACCAUCACCACUGCCGAGUGGACCAGCACCCACCAUCACCACUGCCGAGUGGACCGUCGACCACCAUCACCACUGCCGAGUGGACCGUCGACCAUCAUAACCACCGCCGGGAGGACCUGUGACCAUCACCACUGCCGAGUGGACCAGCACCCACCAUAA